AUGACAUUGAUUGAUAUUAUUACUUUCGGAACUCCUUUUGGAUCCCGUUACGCUCAUGAAGACAUGAGCUUUACAAGCGAUUUUAACUUGGCAGCAAAUUUCAAGCGCCAAGUAGCAAAGUUGGCCCACCAACUCAAAUCCAACUUAUCCCCCAAUGACUGCCCUGAAGAAGAAGAAGAAAACGAGGGCAAACCAGAUAGUAUUGAGAAUGUGCCGGUUCUAUUGAUGUUGUCCAACCUCCGUUGUGAUUUUAUGAAGACUCGUUAUCCUGCUGAUGAUUUAGUUUUGCCAGGAUUGGGGACAUUGAAUGUCACCUCGAUCACGCCUUUUGAAUUGAUGUGGUCUAGCCUCCGUUUGCAUGUUAUGAAGAGUUGUAAUGCGAAUGCGACUGGAAAUUUUUAUCUGCCAGAAUUGAAUGGAACAAUGCAACCAUUGGAAGCUGAGGAAUGUAUGGUGCAGCUGAGUUUGAGAAGUGCUGCUAAAUCGUCUAGUCAUGCUUUGCCGAUAUUGGCUAAUUCAACCACUGUGGGAACUUUGGAUUCCUGCAAGCAGAGCUCCUGUAACAAGGAGAAUUCUGUUGAGUUACGCUUUGUCUGGCAUCGAAAUGUAUUCAAGAUGCACACUUACGAUUCCAAUAAAUUAUUAAUGGCCGCAAGUACCACUACUACCCCUACUACCCUUGUUCCAGCUACUAUCACCACCACUGCCACCACCACUGCCGCUUCCACCCCCAGUCCAGCUACUAAAGAAAGAAAAGCAUUGCUGUUGACUAAUUCAACCACUGUGGGAACUUCGAAUUCCUGCAAGCAGAGCUCCUACUAUAAGGAGUAUUCUGUUGAGUUAGGAUGCAUCUUGCUUAGAAAUGAAUUUAAGAUGGCAGUGGACAAAUUUAUUGGUGAGGGUUUUAAAGCAUGUGACAUUCGGAACCACAUUUUUGAUAUUAAUUAUCGGUACAGUGAGCCGAGCAGGAAAGGACCGAAGAUGAUUGCCAAAGUUAGAAAGAAUUUAGUUGCGAUAAAGACUACCAUUGCGGCAACAAAGGUACUUGCUGAUAAUAAUCCAACCACACUCGAUGAACAUAAUCCAGAAUCUGUCACUGAUCCAUCAGAAAUAGGCGACAAAAUUCAUACCAUCACGGCCUCCAUAAAUGCUUUAAAAACCAACUAUAGACGCAAGUUGUCAGCGUUCAAAGCUGAAGUGAGUCAAUUGAGAGAAUGGAUGGUGAUGCUUAAAAAAGAAGAAAGUAAACUAGAAGCUGAGAAUGUUGACUUGUACGACAAAUAUGUGGCAUAUCAUCCCCAUAGAUCGAAAUUGAAUUUUGAUUUGGACAAAGACAUUGUUGAUGUGCUCUUGGAAGUAUUAUUAACAAGUAGAGGUAUUAGGGAUAUGCUAAUAUUUCGCACAAACAACAGCGAAAUGCUCCAUGAAAGUGCGUUGAAUGACCUCAUCAUGACUAUGGAGGUUUAUCCGAGACAAGAGGAAAGAGAAGAGCUAAAAGAUGGCGGAGGGAUCGCUGCUUCUAUUGAAAAGAAGCUCCAAUGCUUGUCGGCCACAAAAAGAGGAUGGCAACAGAAAUUUACCCUUUUGGAACUGCGGCUGCAGAUGAUACAUAGCCGACUUAAAUGCGAUGCUUCCGAUUGUCAAAUGAGGCUUACUGCCCGUCAAGUGGAAAACGAAACCUACAAACAAUUGAUUAUCUUGAAUAAACGAAGAAAGCAACUAUAUGCACCAUUGAACUUCAAAAGCAAGCAUGUCUUAGAUGAGGAGAAGAAGUGUAUGAUCAGUGAAUUGGAAGACAUAAAACAAGAGCUUGAAAAGAUGGGUGCAGAUUUUGACGCUGAUUCAAGAAGGAGAUGA